GCGAAGCCGUAUAUCCGCUUUCUUUCACGGCCAUCUUGUGUCGCCUUUCCAUUGUUCAUUAAAGUUAACAGGGGUGGCGGAGCUAUUUACUGCGCAUAAUUUUUUGGGGGGCUAUUGUUCAGUUGACAUCAGCAAAAUAGGGGAAAGGAGCAAGAAUCCAAGGUCAUCAUAGAAUACGACACACGUGGACUUUUCGCUCAGGGUUCGAUCUCACACUCCGUCGGAAAAUAUGAUGGACGACGAACAACCCAAGACCCUGUAUGUAUGAUUAGCCGCAAGCUAACUAUCCGACUGACCGUUUCUUUCAAGUAUAAUGUAGCGGUGCAUGUAUCGCUCUUGUACGUGUCAAUUGCAUUUUCAUAAUAUGUGGUCCGUAAUAAUCGUGUCAGUCAGUUCUCCACCCCCUGUUUUCUAGUUGUGAGCCAGCCAACUGGGGAUUUGAUGAAAAUGUCAGCUAGCUAACGUUACCAACUAACUAGCCGCACUGGCUAGCAGGCUAGCUAGGUAACAUGUCAAACGUGUCCAUUUUUUAGACAAAGGCACUGUUUUGUUGCGAACACUGUUGCGACUGCAUAAUAAUUUCGAAAGCCACCUUUAGAUUUCAGCAUUUAUUGAUAUUGCGAUGUUCUUAUUCGCCUAUGGGAGUUAAUUGAGAAUUAUUUUGUAUAUUUUGGUAAUAUCAGCUAUUCGAGAAUGACUAACAUGCUGCUAACUAUCUUGCUUGCUAACUAACCCUUGUCGGCAGCGGAGCAAUGCUGUUGUCAUCAGCCUGAUACUUUUCUACACCGGUGUCCAUACUCUAGUUAUAAUAUAUGUGAAAUCAUAACCUACCUGCUAACGGGUUGGCUAACUAACUACAAUCUAACUAGCGACACUGCUCGGCAUUCAUCAGUGUUAUGUUGGUUUGCUAACUUGCCGUCCAUACCGCUACAAAUCUGAGAUUCAAUUUGGGUUUGUUAGUCUGUCGCAGUGUCGGUGUUGUUACUACGACACUGGCCAUGUAUGAUAGCUAAUGCACAUAGCUAGCUAACGUUAGUUAGUUAAGGAAAAUAUUGAAUGUAAUGGAAUGUGAAAGCGUGGCCUAGUCUUGUCGGAUGCCGAGUUUCAGUUUCUGGGGCCUAGGCGCCUACUAGCUCAAGGAAAUUCUAACCGUGAAUGUUACUGUAUCAAUGUGUGUUGCUUCUUCUAGCAGCAGACAUAAACUCACAGUAACAUAAUCUCAGUUGUGACAAUGUUACAAAUAAUAUGUAACGUUACAGUAGCUGUAAAAGACGGUGGGGUGUUUACUGUUUUCAAGCAGCCCAGCUAACUUUACUUCACUGUUUUUCUUCUUUGUAUGGCGCAUCCCUGUCUUGGUUUCAGUUUCACCUCAGUUGGCUUCUUCAUGUGGCCGCUGUGGUUAUACCGUGCCUCGCUUGGGCUAGUAUCCAUUUUAAAACUCCCAAUAUCCCAAAUGGGUAAAUAUAUUUUUGAAAACAUCCCCAUUGAUUUAAACAACACUUUACGUACAUGUUUGCCCAUAGAAUACGUUUUCAGAAAGUCGAUUUUUGGACCUGUGUGCCAAAACAUUCAGGAGGUAAAGGUGCUCAAAGUUGACACUUUGCAUACCAUACCAUGAGACAUCUAUGGAAGCCUGUUCCCACCACCCCAAACAAUUAAUCAGACUGAGUUAUGAGAUAAUAAGUAGGGCUGGGUGAUAUUUUGAAUGAAUGUUUUAGUGGAAUGUGCCAAAUGCCUGUAUCACAAGAAACACAUGUUUUUAUGAGUGUUCUGUCUUUUUGGUCUCCUUCGCUCCUUCUGUGCUGUGUGCUCUGUGCACUUUCCCACUCACACACAGACACCAAGCCCCUCCACCUGUCACUCACAACAACAAACAACGAAAGAUAACUUCUUCCUCUCUGACAACAAGCAAUUUAAACUUGCUAUUUGUAUUUGAGGUUUGAUCCAACAGAAUCGGUCAUAUGGACACCGAAACGCUUAGAUACAUUAUUUUACUGUAAUAGACGAGAACUUAACCUUUCUAACGAAACCCUUUUUAUGUCUCAACUCCCAAAAUGUAGAACAGAGCAGACCCUACUAAAACUAGAGUAUCAAUGAACAUGAUUGUGGAAAAGUUAUGCUCAGUUCUUUCGCUCUAGGCAUUGCGGUACCAUGUACCACCAGCAGCAUUUUAGCCACAGACUUAUGUGCUAGCAGUCUAUUCUGCAAUGAGCAUAAAAAUACAUUUAUAUAAGGAAUUGGAAACUAGUUUUCAUUCUGAGAAAUAUGCAUUUUAUUAUCCAGGUAGGCCACUUUAUUUCAAUAUCUAAACAAAGUGAACAGACCAUGUUGUUCAAACAGUUGGAGACAGACAGGAGGGUGUAUUCAUAACAGUUCAACUGUUCUACCUUGUUAGCAAGCAAAUAUAUCCAAGUUGGCUAGAUUUGAAAUAUAAAGUUUAGCAAGCUACUCACUAGCAUGUGGGCUUGUGCUUGGGAGAUUGUUUAUGAAAGCAAGAUCAGUGAUUAUUGCCAAAAAUGCAGGUUAAACUAUUUUGGUAAAAUAAUUAAAGUAUUAGUCGGUCUUAUGAUUGUGGAAGGCUUAUAUUUAGCUUAGGUAUAAUUUUACAAGCCCUGAAUUCAUUAGAUUAUUCAUGGCUGUUUGAAAUGCAGUGUAUUGACCUUUUUUAAAUUGUGCAACAAAGCUUAUUUCAAAUCAAAUCAAAUGUUAUUGGUCACAUGCGCCGAAUACAACAGGUGCAGACAUUACAGUGAAAUGCUUACUUACAGCCCUUAACCAACAGUGCAUUUAUUUUAAACAAAAAAAGUAAGAAUAAAACAACAACAAAAAAAGUGUUGAGAAAAAAAGAGCAGAAGUAAAAUAAAGUGACAGUAGGGAGGCUAUAUAUACAGGGGGGUACCGUUGCAGAGUCAAUGUGCGGGGGCACCGGCUAGUUGAGGUAGUUGAGGUAAUAUGUACAUGUGGGUAGAGUUAAAGUGACUAUGCAUAAAUACUUAACAGAGUAGCAGCAGCGUAAAAAGGAUGGGGUGGGGGGGCAGUGCAAAUAGUCCGGGUAGCCAUGAUUAGCUGUUCAGGAGUCUUAUGGCUUGGGGGUAGAAGCUGUUGAGAAGUCUUUUGGACCUAGACUUGGCACUCCGGUACCGCUUGCCGUGCGGUAGCAGAGAGAACAGUCUAUGACUAGGGUGGCUGGAGUCUUUGACAAUUUUGAGGGCCUUCCUCUGACACCGCCUGGUAUAGAGGUCCUGGAUGGCAGGAAGCUUUGCCCCAGUGAUGUACUGGGCCGUACGCACUACCCUCUGUAGUGCCUUGCGGUCGGAGGCCAAGCAGUUGCCAUACCAGGCGGUGAUGCAACCAGUCAGGAUGCUCUCGAUGGUGCAGCUGUAGAAUUUUUUGAGGAUCUGAGGACCCAUGCCAAAUCUUUUUAGUCUCCUGAGGGGGAAUAGGCUUUGUCGUGCCCUCUUCACGACUGUCUUGGUGUGUUUGGACCAUGAUAGUUCGUUGGUGAUGUGGACACCAAGGAACUUGAAGCUCUCAACCUGUUCCACUACAGCCCCGUCGAUGAGAAUGGGGGCGUGCUCAGUCCUCUUUUUUUUUUCCUGUAGUCCACAAUCAUCUCCUUUGUCUUGGUCACGUUGAGGGAGAGGUUGUUGUCCUGGCACCACACGGCCAGAUCUCUGACCUCCUCCCUAUAGGCUGUCUCAUCGUUGUCGGUGAUCAGGCCUACCACUGUUGUGUCGUCGGCAAACUUAAUGAUGGUGUUGGAGUCGUGCCUGGCCAUGCAGUCAUGGGUGAACAGAGAGUAUAGGAGGGGACUGAGCACGCACCCCAGAGGGGCCCCCGUGUUGAGGAUCAGUGUGGCAGAUGUGUCGUUACCUCUCACGUAGGUGUUCCUCUUGUCCAGGUGGGAAAGGGCAGUGUGGAGUGCGAUAGAGAUUGCAUCAUCUGUGGAUCUGUUGGGGCGGUAUGCAAAUUGAAGUGGGUCUAGGGUUUCUGGGAUAAUGCUGUUGAUGUGAGCCAUGACCAGUCUUUCAAAGCACUUCAUGGCUACAGACGUCAGUGCUACGGGUCGGUAGUCAUUUAGGCAGGUUAUCUUAGAGUCCUUGGGCACGGGGACUAUGGUGGUCUGCUUGAAACAUGUUGGUAUUACAGACUCAGUCAGGGACAUGUUGAAAAUGUCAGUGAAGACACUUGCCAGUUGGUCAGCACAUGCUCGGAGUACACGUCCUGGUAAUCCGUCUGGCCCUGCGGCCUUGUGAAUGUUGACCUGCUUAAAAGUCUUACUCACAUCGGCUACGGAGAGCGUGAUCACAUAGUCAUCCGGAACAGCUGGUGCUCUCAUGCAUGCUUCAGUGUUGCUUGCCUCGAAGUGAGCAUAGAAGUGGUUUAGCUCGUCUGGUAGGCUUGUGUCACUGGGCAGCUCGCGGCUGUGCUUCCCUUUGUAGUCUGUAAUAGUUUUCAAGCCCUGCCACAUCCGACGAGCGUCAGAGCCAGUGUAGUAUGAUUCAAUCUUAGACCUGUAUUGACUCUUUGCCUGUUUGAUGGUUCGUCGGAGGUCAUAGCGGGAUUUCUUAUAAGAGUCCCGUUCCUUGAAAGCGGCAGCUCUACCCUUUAGCUCAGUGCGGAUGUUUCCUGUAAUCCAUGGCUUCUGGUUGGGGUAUGUACGUACGGUCACUGUGGGGACGACAUCAUCGAUGCACUUAUUGAUGAAGCCAGUGACUGAUGUGGUGUACUCCUCAAUGCUGUCUGAAGAAUCCCGGAACAUGUUCCAGUCUGUGCUAGCAAAACAGUCCUGUAGCUUAGCAUCUGCGUCAAAAAGAAGUUAUUUAGAUAACUUUUUAAAAAUCUAGAUUUACAGUGCAUUCAGAAAGUAUUUAGACCCCUUUACUUUUUCCACAUUUUGUUACAAUAUAGCCUUAUUCUAAAAUUGAUUAAAGAAAAAAUGUUCCUCAUCAAUCUACACACAAUACCCCAUAAUGGCAAAGCGAAAACAGGUUUUUAGAAAUGUUUGCUAAUUUAUAAAAAUAAAUAAAAACGCAAUACCUUAUUUACAUAAGUAUUCAGACCCUUUGCUAUGAGACUCGAAAUGGAGCUCAGGUGCAUCCGGUUUCCAUUGAUCAUCCUUGAGAUGUUUCUACAACUUGGAGUCCACCUGUGGUAAAUUCAAUUGAUUGGACAUGCUUUGGAAAGGCACACACCUGUCUAUGUAAGGUCCCACAGUUGACAGUGCAUGUCAGAGCAAAAACCAAGCCAAUAGGUCGAAGGAAUUGUCUGUGGAGCUCCGAGACAGGAUUGGGUCGGGGCACAGAUCUGGGGAAGGGUACGAAAAAAUUUCUGCAGCAUUGAAGGUGUCCAAUAACACAGUGACCUCCAUCAUUCUUAAAUGGAAGAAGUUUGGAACCACCAAGACUCUUCCUAGAGCUGGCCGCCUGGCCAAACUCAGCAAUCAGGGGGGGAAGGGCCUUGGUCAGGGAGGUGACCAAGAACCCGAUGGUCACUCUGACGGAGCUCCAGAGUUCCUCUGUGGACAUUUUUCUUCCAGAAGCACAACCAUCUCUGCAGCACUCCACCAAUCAGGCAUCUAUGGUAUCUAUGGUAGAGUGGCCUGUCGGAAGCCACUCCUCAGUAAAAGGUACAUGACAGCCCGCUUGGAGUUUGCUAAAAGACACCUAAAGGACUCUCAGACCAUGAGAAACAAGAUUAUCUUGUCUGAUGAAACCAAGAUUGAGCUCUUUGGCCUGAAUGCCAUUUGUCACUUCUGGAGGAAAUCACUACGGUGAAGCAUGGUGGUGGCAGCAUCAUGCUGUGGGGAUGUUUUUCAGUGGCAGGGACUGGGAGACUAGUCAGGAACAAGGGAAAGAUGAAUGGAGCAAAGUACAGAGAUCAUUGAUGAAAACCUGCUCCAGAGCGCUCAGGAUCUCAGACUGGGACAAAGGUUCACCUUCUAACAGGACAACGACCCUAAGCACACAGCCAAGACAACGCAUGAGUGGCUUCGGGACAAGUCUCUGAAUGUCCUUGAGUGGCCUGGUCAGAGUCUGGACUUGAACCCGAUCGAAUAUCUAUGGAGAGAGCUGUGCUGCGACGCUCCCCAUCCAACCUGACAAAGCUUGAGAGGAUCUGCAGAGAAGAAUGGGAGAAACUCUCCAAAUACAGGUGUGCCAAGCUUGUAGCGUCAUACCCAAGAAGACUAGAGGCUGUAAUCGCUGCCAAAGGUUCUUCAACAAAGUACUGAGUAAAGGGACUGAAUACUUAUGUAAAAUGUGAUAUUUCAGUUAUUAUUUUGAUAGAUUUGCAAUAUUCUAAAAACCGUUUUUUGCUUUGUCAUCAUGGGGUAUUGUGUGUAGAUUGAUGAGGGGGAAAACUAUUUAAUCAAUUUUAGAAUUAGGCUGUAACAUAACAAAAUGUGGAAAAAGUCAAGGGCUCUGAACACUUUCCGAAUGCACUGUAUAUGUUGAAUCGCCCAUAUCAUCCAGCCCUAAUAGUAAGUCAUACUUGAGAUAUGUAAGCCAUUAUUAUGAGACAUGUAAGUCUGGAUCAUGGACAUCGAAUAAUCCUGCAGAGCUACCCCUUUUUAAAGGGGCAAUCUGGGAUUCAAACAAUAACAAAGCAAUUUCCCUGCUACUUUUUUGGUGAACAGCUGAGGAGUGGGACAGGAGAAAUGUAACCAUUCUCAAAUACAUAGACACAAGGACUCUCGCAUAUGGAUGCAAGGACUGACAAUCCAUGAGAUCGAAAUUAUAAUUUUAACCAUGUUUUGAAUCCGUUUUAAAAAGGGCAAUCUGGUAUUGGUACAUACAUUUUUGGACUUUAAAAUUAUUCAUAUAGCCAUUGAUUCUUGAACUUAGAAAUGCCUCAUGAGCAACGGUCUUACCCCAUCAGAACCCAAAAUAUAAUCUUGUUCUACUCCAUUGUUUGUAAACAAUGUAAUUGUAAACAAAUACUGUAUAUCUUCAAAACAUGGUUAAAACUAUCAUUUUGAUGUCAUGGAUGGUCAGUACUUGCAUCCAUAUGUGAGAGUCCUUGCAUCUAUGUAUUUGAGUGGUUACAUUUCUCCUGCCCCAUUCUUAGUGGCGGGAAAAAUGCUUUGUUUGAAUCCCAGAUUGCCACUUUAAAAGGGGCCGACCUGCAGGACUAUUCAAUGUCCGUAAUCUAGAAUUACUUAGUAUGUCAUUAUCAUGAGAUAGUAUCUCAUAAUUAUGACUUGCUUAUCUCAUAAUGACUUAGUAACUCAUAAUUAUGAUAUAGUAUCUCAUAACUCCUAGUCAUAAAAAAAAAAAAAAAUUUGGUGGUGGGAAUGGGCUUCCAUACAUCCAUGUCUUACAUUUACAUCAUUUAGCAGAUGCUCUUAUCCAGAGCGACUUACAAAUUGGUGCAUUCAACUUAUGAUAGCCAGUGGGACAACCACCUUUAAAAAAAUGUUUUAUGGGGGGUGGGGGAAGAAGGAUUACUUUGUAGAAAGUCUUCAUCACUGGAACGAAACGGGUGGGUUUGAUAUCAUUUAAAAGCUUACAAACAGUUGUCAAACUAUUUUAUUUCUUUAAAGAAUGUAUUGUAUAAGAAUAGAUUUUUACACCUUUAAUGUCAAUUAUCUAAAAACGCGUAAACCAGGGCUCUACGCUGAUGUUUUUUUACAAGGUGCACGUGUGCGCCUAAGUUGGCAAAUGUAGGCGCAUACAAAGAUGUAGUUUUUCUAGGCACACUGGUGCUCCUAAAUAAAAAUUCCAGGUCACACAGCAAAAUAUUUAGGCACAUAUGUGAGUAAAAUGGUCGCACUGUAAAGCCCUGUAAACUCCACAAAUGUUUUAUUCAUAUUUGUAUGUGCUGUAGUGUAGCUGAGAGACCAUAUUUCACAUCUGAGGUUUUUGUGUUGUGCCCGCCAUCAGUUGAGACACAACAUGCUCUUGAAUACAGUGGGUGUCAUUUCAAUCAUAGAAAUAUAAUUUAUAGAAUGGACCUAUCCCUUCAGACCACUGUCAUUUAGCUGGUACACAAUUGAAAUGUUAUUGAAAUGAACUUCUAAUUACUACCACAAAGAUGGCCGCCGGUCCACCCACCCUCGAAUGUCAACUUAAAUGGUCAUGUCUAUUCUAUGAUCUAUAUUUCUAUGAUUUCAAUAGGUUUCCUAUAGAAGAUUAAUAGUAUAAUUUAAAACAGAUAUUCCGAUUCAAGUCAACAUUCUCUGAUGUGUGGACCUCCAACCGUCUUUGUGGUACCAUUUUUGAAAGUUGACGUUUCAAUUUAUUAUCAGCCAAAACAUGACACCCACCCUGUAUUCAAGAGCAUGUUGUCUCAACCGAUGGCGUGCACAUCACAAAAACGUCACCUGUAAAAUUGGGUCUAAGCUACAAAUGUUUUUAGAUAAUUGAGGUUAAAUUACAAUGUUUAUUAAACAUUGUUUUCCAGAAAUUAUAAAAUAGUUUGAUAACCCUGUUUGUAAGCUUUUAAAUUAUACCAAUCUCAACCGUUUCUCUUUUCCAGUGAUGAAGACAUGCAAAAUGUGGGGUAUGCAAAAUGGUCAACUUUGAGCACCUUUAUCUCUUGAAUGUUUUGGCAUUCAGGUCCAAAAAGUCCCUUUCUGAGCACUUCUACAAUCAGCAAAUAUGUAUGCAAGGUUUUGCUCAAAAGGGGUGCUGUUUAAGUGAUUGACUUCAAAUGGAUUUACUCAAUGUAAAACUGAAUCAGUCAAUUCAACUUCUUCCUAAUUGUUAGCUGUGAGGUAGAAUACUGUGGGUUAAACAGUUCAGCCCAAAAUAACAAACAAUUCCAGACGGUUUCAUACCUCAGUAACAUUGUGGAUGGUGGUAAACUAUCCCUUUAAAUCCAGGUGUUCUUAACCACAUUUCCAUGUCUAUUUAUUGUCAGCUAUGUGGAGCAUCUGUUUGUCUUGUAUUUGCUGAGCUGAGCCCAGGGUGUCCAUGCUGAUGUGUUGGCACUGUGCUGCAGGUAUGUGGGGAACCUGUCCCGGGAUGUGACCGAAGCCCUCAUCAUGCAGCUGUUCGGCCAGAUCGGACCCUGCAAGAGCUGUAAAAUGAUAGUAGAUGUGAGUCAAAAUCAACCUUCCUAUUGUCUAGGAAUGAACCUUCUCCAAUCAGAUUCCCAUUUGAUUCUACUCAGAGUUACUUAACACUGCGCCGUUUUCAGUUAGAACAAACCAGAGAAACGUAAAGAAAAAAGGCAUUAUGAUGUGACUCGUUGAGGGGAUUACCUCUGCUUUAAAAAAAAAAAAAAAACUAUUGUUUUGUGCCAUCUGAACGUUGACCAUGACUGUGGGCCUAUUCAGUGGUCUGCAACACAUAGAAUAUUGCAGAAUGUAAUGUAUAGAGCCUAUAGAAAAGCAAACAUGCCCACACAAUUCCCUGUUGAACAUGACAGAGAGGGACGUCUGUCCUACACAAUACUGCUUUAUCUGGUACCCCACAGAGUGAGCCCCAGGACUGAGUAGCCCAAUACGACAACAGCUUUGACCAAUAUUAGCCAGGAGCCUGUUUAAGAACACAUUGUACUGUUGUGAGUCUUACCUCUGGGAUUGAUUAAUAUUGAGAUUCUGAGUCUGUCACGCUAAAUAGAAGAAAGACUUGUUGUUUGGCCAAUCUCUUAAUAAUGAUGAUGAUGGAUUUUAGUUUAUAUAGGCUAGCUUACCAUGGUUUACAUUGUAAGGAGGGAGACUCAACUAGGCCUACAUUUUACAAUGGUAGGAUGAAAUGCCCAGUUCUGAUGUUAAAGUCCCUGUUCUUGUCCCUGUCCCCCUCCAGACGGCAGGUAAUGACCCCUACUGCUUUGUGGAGUUCUACGAACACAGGCACGCUGCCGCGUCACUCGCAGCCAUGAACGGUCGUAAAAUAAUGGGUAAGGUAAGCUAUCGUAUCUACAGGGUGAGUCGGCUUGGGGAGGUUUGGCCAAAAGACAGGAGGAAGGAAUUGAAGCCAAGUUCAAAUCAACCCCUAGCCGUUAUCCCUAGACACUUGACUUGAUGUAGGUCUGGAAAGGUCGCAUGGGUGCAAGCAAUAUGGCAGACCUAUUAGAAGUUUCUAGGGGAAGGGGCUUGGGGUUGAUUUGGGACAGAGGCUCAUUGACUGGGUAUCACAUUGCAUCAUGGGUAUCACACUGCAUCAUGUUGUCAGUUCAACCUCAACAGUUCACAUUAAACAUCAGUAAGUAUGACAUGAAUGGAAAGGGUUUCCUCAUUGAUCAAUAAUACCACAACACCAGAAGAAAGUUUUGUACGUGCUUAGGCUAUAUUUGAAUGGGUGGCAGCAUGCCUUCCAACGAUAGGCUACUAAGGUCUUCACCCCAUAAUCUAGCUGUCUCCAUUCCUCAAAAGUGGUUGAGUGUUAGAUAAGACUACAUAUUCCGUAGAUGGCGUUCUAUAUACAUUAGGAACACACUGCAGGCCCCAAUCUCUAAUUAAUGGGGACGUUUGACACUGUCAUUUGACUGAAUUAGAUGGUGCCAUUUGUUUGGGUUUGAAGCCUGCAGAUGUCUCAAUGGAAGUAAAAUGUCUUGUUCCUUUGGCCUGAGGGGAAAUGCUGAAUGAACGAGCGUGGAGGAGGGAUUGCACUUGAAUUCAAACACUGUAUGAAACACCUGUUGAUAAGAUGUUAUGGAUACCCAAAAAAUGUUUCAGGUUAUUUAACUACAAAAUGUAGCUAGCGAUUUAGGAUUCUGUGCCAUUUACCUGACCCUGCCAUCCCAAAUUGGGUGUAGUUAAUAGGUUCUUCUCAUCCGCUGUCCAGACGUUCUGUGGUCGGAGUUCUCUCUUAAUCCUAUUGGUAGACAAAGCCUCUGGACAUCACCCAUGUAAACAGGUUCAUGCUCAGAAGAGAAGACUUGUCAUAGCCAAUUAGAAUUGGCAGCAUGUCCCAUGACUUUAAACCUGGUUGGGUUGUGUAAUCUUUCAAAGUAGUGUCCCCCAUUGACCUGUUUCAAAUAACACUCCUCUACUUCUACCCUACCACCCUUAUUAUUAUGAUUAUUAUUGUUCUUGUGUACAAUGUGUUAUUUUGUAAAAAACCCUUUGCAUAAAGAAUCCAAAUAAUAACUAUACUAUAUCUCUAAAGACACAUUCAGUUGAAAAUAUUUUAUCCUCAACAGGUAAUGAAGGACCAUUUGAGGAGUAAUACAAGUUCGUAAAAUUCACUUGUUUGUAAGUCCCUUGUUAUUUGGACCUUUUUUACUUUUAGACGUUUUGUUCCAAAUUUGAUUGAUUAGACGGUGAGACUGAAUUGUGACAUAGUCUGAGUGUGAGCAGGCUUUCCCUCUAUUAUUGUGUGACUACAACAAGCCCUCUAAUCGGCAAACAGACAGACUCGUGUGGUGUCCAAGUAAGGCUCGCUUUUCACCCCUAUUUCCAUCCCUCUCUCUCUAUCUAUCUCUCUCUCUUUCUCUCUAUCUCUCUCUUCUUCAGGAGGUCAAAGUGAACUGGGCCACAACCCCUAGCAGCCAGAAGAAAGACACAAGCAGUGAGUACUAUCUCCCUUAAUAUUUUGGCAUGCACCGUACCUAACUGUGUUAAAGGAGUAGUGCCUAGACUGUGUAUGGUGCAUUCAGAGCACAUUUCUGUUAUCAAGAAUAUUCCAAGAAUUGUUAGCAUUGGUGUCUAAAUGAGUUGACUAUAAAAAACGUAUUAUAUAUAUAUGAUUCUGUCUGUGUUCAGAUCACUUCCACGUUUUCGUUGGAGACCUCAGUCCUGAAAUCACCACGGAUGACAUCAAAGCUGCUUUUGCACCCUUUGGGCGGAUAUCGUGAGUGUUCUCUCUGUUUCUCCUGACCCCAGUUAUUAUCUCUGUUAUGCUUAUUCAAAACACUACAAAGAUAUGUUCCUUCAAUUGUGAAUGUAUUGAUUGAACAGAAGAGAAUAAGCUGUACUCACAGCAUUCAUCCUUGACUUCGGCGAUGUCAUUUACAAAAUAGCCUCCAACACUACUCAGCAAAUUGGAUGUAGUCUAUCACAGUGCCAUCCGUUUUGUCACCAAAGCCCCAUAUACUACCCACCACUGUGACCUGUACGCGCUUGUUGGCUGGUCCUCACUACAUAUUCGCCGCCAAACCCACUGGCUCCAGGUCAUCUAUAAAUCACUGCUAUGCAAAUCCCCGCCUUAUCUUAGCUCAUUGGUCACCAUAGCAACACCCACCCGUAGUAUGCGCUCCAGCAGGUAUAUCUCACUGGUCAUCCCCAAAGCCAACACCUCCUUUGGCCGCCAUUCCUUCCAGUUCUCUGCUGCCAAUGACUGGAACGAACUGCAAGAAUCUCUGAAGCUGGAGACUCUUAUCUCCCUCAUUAACUUUAAGCAUCAGUUGUCAGAGCACCUUACCGAUCACUGCACCUGUACACAGCCCAUCUGAAAUUAGCCCACCCAACUACCUCAUCCCCAUAUUGUUAUUUAUUUUGCUCAUUUGCACCCCAGUAUCUCUAUUUGCACAUCAUCUCUUGCACAUCUAUCAUUCCAGUGUUAAUACUAAUUGUAAUUAUUUUGCACUAUGGCCUAUUUAUUACCUUACCUCCAUAACUUGCUACAUUUGCACACACUGUAUAUAUAUUUUCUGUUGUAUUUUUUUGACUUUGUUUUGUUUUACCCCAAAUGUAACUCUGUUUUUUAUCGCACUGCUUUGCUUUAUCUUGGCCAGGUCGCAGUUGUAAAUGAGAACUUGUUCUCAACAGGCUUACCUGGUUAAAUAAAGGUUAAAUAAAAUAAAUAAAUAAAAAUCUGUCAUAUGUUCUCUACAGAUCUUUUUUGGGUAUGUCUGUCAAUAAGCAAAUAUUCACAACAGAAAUUCUUAGAAUCCUACUUAUCAAGUGCUUUACAGCAACGUGAGCCGAAACCUCCUUGGACAGGAUACGCCCCCUAGAAACACUGCUCCAUAGGAUGGAUUCAGUGGCCGGAGGCUACAACUUGCUAUUGUCUUGCUAACAGUAGUCUUUGUCUGUUCACAGAGAUGCCCGGGUGGUGAAAGACAUGGCUACUGGCAAAUCUAAAGGCUAUGGCUUUGUGUCCUUCUUCAACAAAUGGGUGAGUGUCCAUUCCUUUGUCUCCCCCCUCAGACAACACAGCGCAAUGUUUAGACAAGCAAAUUCCACCCUGUAGUUCAUUAACUACUUUGGUGUAGAUAAGGUUUAAAUUCUAGGUUAUACCGUGAUUAAUAAAGUGUGUGGAUAUUGGAACUGACUGACUGUGUGUGUGUAGGAUGCAGAGAAUGCCAUCCAACAGAUGGGAGGUCAGUGGUUGGGAGGAAGGCAGAUCAGGACCAACUGGGCUACCAGGAAGCCCCCUGCACCCAAAGCCACCUACGAGAGUGAGUACACAUACACACACUGCUCCAAAGAAUGACUCGCACACACCUGCUGGCAUUAGAUACAAAAAAGAUUGCCGCAACCUAUUUUCUCAUUCAUGUUUUAAAUCAACUUUCUGUUCCUCCCCCCUGUGGAGCAGCGAACACAAAGCACCUGUCGUUUGAGGAGGUUGUGAACCAGUCCAGCCCCAGCAACUGUACAGUCUACUGUGGAGGAGUCUCUGCAGGGCUUACAGGUAUAUAACGACCACCCUCUCUCUAUAUAACUACCACCCUCUCUCUAUAUAACUACCACCCUCUCUCUAUAUAACGACCACCCUCUCUCUAUAUAACGACCACCCUCUCUCUAUAUAACUACCACCCUCUCUCUAUAUAACGACCACCCUCUCUCUAUAUAACGACCACCCUCUCUCUAUAUAACGACCACCCUCUCUCUAUAUAACUACCACCCUCUCUCUAUAUAACGACCACCCUCUCUCUAUAUAACUACCACCCUCUCUCUAUAUAACUACCCCCUCUCUUUAUAACUACCCCAGGGUUUCCGUUAGGAAAAUGGACAAUGUGACCAAAUGCCAAAAUGCAAUUCAUGGGAAAAAGGGAAAAAUACCAUUCUAAACAGCGCACCUGAUGCAAGCGGUAUAUGACCGAGAUGAAAAUCUCAGUUAGAAACUUAGAAAGAGGGUGAAUCUAAAAAUGCAACAACUAGGAUGGGUUGCUAAUAUGACUAGGAUUGUGCAUUUGGCUUCUGGACAAUGAAAGAAAGUUGAUAUGACAACCAAUAGAACUGGAGAAAAAUGGCGUAUGAGGAAGUCUUUCAUAGGCAGCGAGCGUGGCAAAAGGCCUAGCUGAUUAUUGAGUUGCGGCUGUCAGUUAAAAGCAUCUAAAAUAUGUGUGACGGUAACGUGUCUUGAGUAUAAUUGAAAAUGUUGAGACAAGGAGAAGGGGAGGGGUUUGUGGCGAAUAUAGCCUAUAGGCGUCUCUCUCCAGUAUGCAUGCGCUCUGCUCUCCAGACUCCACUCAGUUUUCCCGCCAAUUCUUGCGGAUUUAUUGUUUCAUGUGAAUUGUUUGCCCUGUGUUUGUUUAUUUUGAUAAAUUCCCCCAUUACAUUCACUACAUGACCAAAAGUAUGUGGACACCCCUUCAAAUUAGUGGAUUCGGCUAUUUCAGCCACACCUGUUUGCUGACAGGUGUAUAAAAUCGAGCACACAGCCAUGCAAUCUCCAUAGACAAACAUUGGCAGUAGAAUGGCCCAUACGGAAAAGCUCAGUGACUUUCAACGUGGCACCGUCAUAGGAUGCCACCUUUCCAACAAGUCAGUUCGUCAAAUUCCAGCCCUGCUAGAGCUGCCCCGGUCAACUGUAAGCGCUGUUAUUGUGAAGUGGAAACGACUAGGAGCAACAACUGCUCAGCCGCGAAGUGGUAGGCCACACAAGCUCACUGAACGGGACCGCCGAGUGCUGUAGCGCGUAAAAAUCAUCUGUCCUCGGUUGUAACACUCAAUACCGAGUUCCAAACUGUCUCUGGAAGCAAUGUCAGCACAAUAACUGUUUGUUGGGAGCUUCAUGAAAUGGGUUUCCAUGGCCGAGCAGCCGCACACAAGCCUAAGAUCCCCAUGCGCAAUGCCAAGCGUCGGCUGGAGUGAUGGACUCUAGAGCAGUGGAAACGCGUUCUCUGGAGUGAUGAAUCACGCUUCACCAUCUGGCAGUCCGACGGACGAAUCUGGGUUUGGCGGAUACCAGGAGAACGCUACCUGCCUAAAUUAGGGCUGUGUCGGUCACGAAAUUUUGUGAGCCGGUGAUUGUCAAGCAAAUAACUGUCAGUCUCACGGUAAUUGACCGUUUAAUUAACAAACACAUUUAGCAUCUCCUGGCUUCCACACACAUUUUAAAAAGUCUAAUAAAUCCAUGUAAUAUAGCCUACAUCUUCGCAAUAAAUCCAUUAUUUAUUUAAGACAGGUCUAAAGAAGCAUGACAUUAAGAAGAUGUAGUCUAUUUCAGAAGAAAUGAAUAGCAUAUUCUGAGUUGUCCUGAUCUGGCUAUGCCAUAUGGCUGUGGGCUACACUAGUUAAUUUAGCAGACAGGAUUUGCUUAUAAUUCCGUGGCAUUAUUUUAUAGUAUGAAGAAUACAAUUGAACAAAGCUGAAUAAAAUAGAAAGGAUAUUUUCUCCAAAUGAUUUGAGGGAGUCUGCACAUGCGGCUAUUCUGUCUUGAGCAGUUAACAAAGAAAUAGGUAUGCCUAUAUGCUUAAUUUAGAGUUAUUAAUGUAACUUUAGUUGUUCUACAAAGGUUGGGCUAUAAGUUUUGAUUUUUAAAACAUUGUAAGGCUGCACAAUGAGACUAAUAAUGAUUUGAAAAAAGUUUCUUAAAAGGCAUUUAGCUUUUUUUGCGCGGGCUGUACACACGCCAAUAGUCUCUCAUUCACAUUUUGACAAGCACUUGAUAAUGCCUCGAAUUUCAUGGCUGCAUCCCCUUUGUGGCCGUAAUGCACCCUAAAAUGUAUGCACGCAUGACUGUAAGUCGCUUUGGAUAAAAGCGUCUGCUAAAUGGCAUAUUAUUUUUAUUAUUAUUUUAAAAAAUCUUUGCCUUUUGCAGCCUGGAGUGCUGCGUUAUGCCCUUGUCCCUGAGUUUGCUGCGCAAUCCGAAGCGUCUCUCACUCACACGGCUCUCCGUAACGUGAUCAGGUCUUUCUCACAGGCUACAAGUGAAGACGGACACAUCGGGGACGCAACUGCGUGUGUCCUUAUCCAAUUCUGAGGUGCAUAUUGAAGAUAUUGGAAGAACUGUCCACAUUUACUUUUCAUCAGCCAACAAGAUGAGUAGGCCUAACGAACAGCAAAAGCACUACCCUAUGUCAAUCUACUAUCCCCCAUAGUACAAAAGUCGACCUAUUCUGUGCGAGAAAUAAAUAUUCCAAACAGUUGUGGGAUGCGAUAGAUCCCAAAUUAAUACAACCACUAGCAUCCAAAAACAUUUUUUAUGUAAUGAGGCUGAUGCAACAGAUCAGAACGUUUAGCUUAAAAUGUUGAUCAACUAUUAGGCUAUUUCUUCACAUUAUAAGCGCAGCAAUGCGCACAUGGUAGUAGGCUAUAAGCGUGAAUGUUCCAUUAGCGGAAAAUAGCAUUAUCCAAAGUGACCGCCAAUUAAAUUAUGCAUGUUAUGCUUUUAUUAUAAAGGUGCAUUUUUACGGUGAAAAUGAUCUUCAAACUUGAAACUCACACGCUGCUUAUAUAUGCUAGUUAGGCUCUAUACCCCUUGUAAAGGGGGUUAAUGUGCUUAGUUUUUAAGAAGGUAUUUGGCCACUUAAGUUGUGAUACAAACCUUAUUAAAACAUAGGCCUAUGGGCUAGGCUACAUGAGGUGUGCAACUAUGAUUCGAACAAGUAGCUAAAAAAGGCAUUGUUUCUAAUGCUGGGCAUCAUUCACAAGUGAUAAUAUAUAAUUCACAAGUGAUAGGCUAAAAUUGUCACCCAUCAGACUGUUCUUGAUUUAAUGUUGUCUUUACAUAUACAAAAUAAUAUAUGUGUGGCAUUCGUUCUGACUUAGAGUGGACCAUUAUCAUGCACCGGUAUUGAAACAGGGGCAGCGGGAAAAAAUACAUGUCAUCUAUGCACUUAAAUAGGGAAUGGAAGACUCUUUUCCCCGUGAUUUUCGAAAACAUUUGCAUUGAUGUCAGAGUGAUUAUAGGGACAAUAGGGUGCUGAGUACCAGGCAGUUAGCAAGUUUGGUAGGCUAAUAAUGAGCAGCAUCAGAGCUUGGAGAACUUGGAAUUUGACUGCCUUCAUUACUCGUGACCGCCGGUGUGGCGGUGAUACGGUCACCGCAACAGCCCUAGCCCCAAUGCAUAGUGCCAACUGUAAAGUUUGGUGGAGGAGGAAUAAUGGUCUGGAGUUGUUUUUCAUGGUUCGGGCUAGGCCCCUUAGUUCCAGUGAAGGGAAAUCUUAACGCUACAGCAUACAAUUACAUUCUAGACGAUUCUAUGCUUCCAACUUUGUGGCAACAGUUUGGGGAAGGCCCUUUCCUGUUUCAGCAUGACAAUGCCCCCGUGCACAAAGCGAGGUCCAUACAGAAAUGGUUUGUCGAGAUCGAUGUGGAAGAUCUUGACUGGCCUGCACAGAGCCCUGACCUCAACCCCAUCGAACACCUUUGGGAUGAAUUGGAACGCAGACUGCGAGCCAGGCCUAAUCGCCCAACAUCAGUGCCCGACCUCACUAAUGCUCUUGUGGCUGAAUGGAAGCAAGUCCCCGCAGCAAUGUUCCAAGUUGUUUGGAGUGCACCAUGUGAACAAUGAGCAUGGGUCUGGUUUUUCAUUACGCAUAGAAGUAGCCUACCUGGCCUGCUGCGUGCAAAUGUAGGAUUUGGGAAUGUUUGCGUUCUGAUUUGUUUUAGUCACCAUGUCCACCACUAAUAAGCUGAGUUUCUCAGUCAUUUUUUCUUCACCUCACACGGUAAGUAAACAACGUUUUUUUUUUUACAUCCAUUGCGAAUGAUAGUUUAAUAGUUCUUCACAGUAGGCCUAUUUGAAAACUCUUUCCAACAAUCUCCCCCUCGAUAAUCACCAAGCCUCGGUGUGAAAGAGCAAAAUAUCAUGAUCUGGUGAUCCCAUAUUUCCAGUGUAAACGUCAUAACAUACCUUUCCCUUGUGCAAAAACCGCUGUCUGUUCUAUUGAUCAGCUUUGAGUUUUGUUAGCUAACGGAAACCCUGAACAACCCCCCUCUAUAUAUAACUACCCCCUCUCUCUCUAUAUAACUAUCCCUCUCCAUAUAACUACCCCUCUCUAAAUAACAACCCCUCCCCUCUAUACAACUACCCCUCUCUCUAUAUAACUACCCCUCUCUAUACAACUACGCCUCUCUAUAUAAGUACCCCCCCUCUAUAUAACUACGUCUCUCUAUAGAACUACUACCCUCUCUCUAGAUAACUAUCCUCCCUCUCUAUAUAACUACCCCCUUUAUAACUGUUGUGUUAACAGUGAUUGUGUUAAUAUAGGACUCACAGGUAUAUAACUACCCCUUCCUCUAUUCCCCCACCUUAGAGCAACUGAUGAGGCAGACCUUCACCCCCUUCGGUCAGAUCAUGGAGAUCAGAGUUUUCCCAGACAAAGGCUACUCGUUUGUGAGGUAAGACCACAGACUGAGAGAGUGUGUUUGAGAUCGACCCACAUUGCAGUUGGACUGCACCGAGUCAUUGCCAUAGGAAGACUCAUUCUCACCCUUGUCCCCCUCUCACACCUCUACCUGGUCUAGGUUCAACUCCCACGAGGGAGCGGCCCACGCCAUUGUGUCAGUGAAUGGGACGUCCAUGGAGGGGCACGUGGUGAAGUGUUACUGGGGGAAGGAGACCACAGACAUGGUCAGCCCCAUGCAGCAGGUACAGGUGCCUCAGGUAACACCGCAGGUAACAUCUCCCUUUCUCAUACAACAUCAUUACUGUCUGUUAUUACAUAUCUGUAUAUUGUAUGGUAUUAUACAAUAUGUAUGUUAUAUACACACAUACAUACAGUACUGUUCAAAAGUUUGGGGUCACUUAGAAAUGUUAUUUUGUUUUCGAAAGAAAAGCUAUUUUGUUGUCCAUUAAAAUAACAUCAAAUUGAUCAGAAAUACAGUGUAGACAUUGUUAAUGUUGUAAAUGGCUAUUGUAGCUGGAAACUGCUGAUUUUUAAUGGAAUAUCUACAUAGGCGUACAGAGGCACAUUGUCAGCAACCAUCAGUCCUGUGUUCCAAUGGCACGUUGUGUUUGCUAAUCCAAGUUUAUCAUUUUAAAAGGCUAAUUGAUCAUUAGAAAACACUUUUGCAAUUAUGUUAGCACAGCUGAAAGCUGUUGUGCUGAUUUAAAGAAGCAAUAAAACUGGCCUUGAAGGAAAGCAGCCAACAAGUGCUCAGCAUAUGUGGGAACUCCUUCAAGCCCGUUCAGGUGAAAAGAGCAUUCCAGGUGAAGCUGGUUGAGAGAAUGCCAAGAGUGUGCAAAGCGGUCAUCAAGGCAAAGGGUGGCUAUUUGAAGAAUCUCAAAUAUAUUUGGAUUUGAUUAACACUUUCUUGGUUACUAAAUGAUUCAAUAUGUUAUUUCAUAGUUUUGAUGUAUUCACUAUUGUUCUACAAUGUAAAAAAUAAAGAACCUUUGAAUGAGUAGCUGUAUCCAAAGUUUUGACUGGUACUGUGUGUGUGUGUAAUAAAUAAAUAAAUAAAUAAAUAAAUAAAUAAAUAUAUAUAUAUAUAUAUAACUGCUCAAAAAAAUAAAGGGAACACUAAAAUAUCACAUCCUAGAUCUGAAUGAAUGAAAUAAUCUUAUUAAAUACGUUUUUCUUUACAUAGUUGAAUGUGCUGACAACAAAAUCACACAAAUUAUCAUUGGAAAUCAAAUGUAUCAACCCAUGGAGGUCUGGAUUUGGAGUCACCCUCAAAAUUAAAGUGGAAAACCACACUACAGGCUGAUCCAACUUUGAUGUAAUGUCCUUAAAACGAGUCAAAAUGAGGCUCAGUAGUGUGUGUGGCCUCCACGUGCCUGUAUGACCUCCCUACAACGCCUGGGCAUGCUCCUGAUGAGGUGGCGGAUGGUCUCCUGAGGGAUCUCCUCCCAGACCUGGACUAAAGCAUCCGCCAACUCCUGGACAGUCUGUGGUGCAACGUGGCGUUGGUGGAUGGAGCGAGACAUGAUGUCCCAGAUGUGCUCAAUUGGAUUCAGGUCUGGGGAAUGGGCGGGCCAGUCCAUAGCAUCAAUGCCUUCCUCUUGCAGGAACUGCUGACACUCCAGCCACAUGAGGUCUAGCAUUGUCUUGCAUUAGGAGGAACCCAGGGCCAACCGCACCAGCAUAUGGUCUCACAAGGGGUCUGAGGAUCUCAUCUCGGUACCUAAUGGCAGUCAGGCUACCUCUGGCGAGCACAUGGAGGGCUGUGCGGCCCCCCAAAGAAAUGCCACCUCACACCAUGACUGACCCACCGCCAAACCGGUCAUGCUGGAGGAUGUUGCAGGCAGCAGAACGUUCUCCACGGCGUCUCCAGACUCGUCUGUCACGUGCUCAGUGUGAACCUGCUUUCAUCUGUGAAGAGCACAGGGCGCCAGUGGGGAAUUUGCCAAUCUUGGUGUUCUCUGGCAAAUGCCAAACGUACUGCACGGUGUUGGGCUGUAAGCACAACCCCCACCUGUGGACGUCGGGCCCUCAUACCACCCUCAUGGAGUCUGUUUCUGACCGUUUGAGCAGACACAUGCACAUUUGUGGCCUGCUGGAGGUCAUUUUGCAGGGCUCUGGCAGUGCUCCCCCUGCUCCUCCUUGCACAAAGGCGGAGGUAGCAGUCCUGCUGCUGGGUUGUUGCCCUCCUACGGCCUCCUCCACGUCUCCUGAUGUACUGGCCUGUCUCCUGGUAGCGCCUCCAUGCUCUGAACACUAUGCUGACAGACACAGCAAACCUUCUUGCCACAGCUCGCAUUGAUGUGCCAUCCUGGAUGAGCUGCACUACCUGAGCCACUUGUGUGGGUUGUAGACUUCGUCUCAUGCUACCACUAGAGUGAAAGCACCGCCAGCAUUCAAAAGUGACCAAAACAUCAGCCAGGAAGCAUAGGAACUGAGAAGUGGUCUGUGGUCACCACCUGCAAAACCAGUCCUUUAUUGGGGGUGUCUUGCUAAUUGCCUAUAAUUUCCACCUGUUGUCUAUUCCAUUUGCACAACAGCAUGUGAAAUGUAUUGUCAAUCAGUGUUGCUUCCUAAGUGGACAGUUUGAUUUCACAGAAGUGUGAUUGACUUGGAGUUACAUUGUGUUGUUUGUGUUCCCUUUAUUUUUUUGAGCAGUGUAUAUAAUCAGUAUCUCACAAAUGUGAGUACACCCCUCACAUUUUUGUAAAUAUUUGAGUAGAUCUUUUCAUGUGACAACACCGAAGAAAUGACACUUUGCUACAAUGUAAAGCUUGUAUAACUGUGUAAAUUUGCUGUCCCCUCAAAAUAACACAACACACAGCCAUUAAUGUCUAAAUCGCUGGCAACAAAAGUGAGUACACCCCUAAGUGAAAAUGUCCAAAUUGGGCCCAAAGUGUCAAUAUUUUGUGUGGCCACCAUCAUUUUCCAGCACUGCCUUAACCCUCUUGGGCAUGGAGUUCACCAGAGCUUCACAGGUUGCCACUGGAGUCCUCUUCCACUCCUCCAUGACGACAUCACAGAGCUGGUGGAUGUUAGAGACCGUGCACUCCUCCACCUACCGUUUGAGGAUGCCCCACAGAUGCUCAAUAGGGUUUAGGUCUGGAGACAUGCUUGGCCAGUCCAUCACCUUUACCCUCAGCUUCUUUAGAAAGGCAGUGGUCGUCUUGGAGGUGUGUUUGGGGUCGUUAUCAUGUUGGAAUACUGCCCUGCGGCCCAGUCUCCGAAGGGAGGGGAUCAUGCUCUGCUUCAGUAUGUCACAGUACAUGUUGGCAUUCAUGGUUCCCUCAAUGAACUGUAGCUCCCCAGUGCCGGCAGCACUCAUGCAGCCCCAGACCAUGACACUCCCACCACCAUGUUUGACUGUAGGCAAGACACACUUGUCUUUGUACUCCUCACCUGGUUGCCGCCACACACACUUGACUCCAUCUGAACCAAAUAAGUUUAUCUUGGUCUCAUCAGACCACAGUACAUGGUUCCAGUAAUCCAUGUCCUUAGUCUGCUUGUCUUCAGCAAACUGUUUGCGGGCUUUCUUGUGCAUCAUAUUUAGAAGAGGCUUCCUUCUGGGACGACAGCCAUGCAGACCAAUUUGAUGCAGUGUGCGGCGUAUGGUCUGAGCACUGACAGGCUGACCCCCCACCCCUUCAACCUCUGCAGCAAUGCUGGCAGCACUCAUACGUCUAUUUCCCAAAGACAACUUCUGGAAUGACGCUGAGCACGUUCACUCAACUUCUUUGGUCGACCAUGGCGAGGCCUGUUCUGAGUGGAACCUGUCCUGUUAAACCGCUGUAUGGUCUUGGCCACCGUGCUGCAGCUCAGUUUCAGGGUCUUGGCAAUCUUCUUAUAGCCCAGGCCAUCUUUAUGUAGAGCAACAUUUUUUUUUUUUUUUUCAGAUCCUCAGAGUUCUUUGCCAUGAGGUGCCAUGUUGAACUUCCAGUGACCAGUAUGAGGGAGUGUGAGAGCGAUGACACCAAAUUUAACACACCUGCUCCCCAUUCACACCUGAGACCUUGUAACACUAACAAGUCACAUGACACCAAGGAGGGAAAAUGACUAAUUGGGCCCAAUUUGGACAUUUUCACUUAGGGGUGUACUCACUUUUGUUGCCAGCGGUUUAGACAUGAAUGGCUGUGUGUUGAGUUAUUUUGAGGGGACAGCAAAUGUACACUGUUAUACAAGCUGUACAUUCACUACUCUGCAUUGUAGCAAAGUGUCAUUUCUUCAGUGUUGUCACAUGAAAAGAUAUACUCAAAUAUUUACAAAAAUGUGAGGUGUGUACUCACUUUUGUGAGAUACUGUAUAUAUGCGCUCAGUUUUCGAGGGCUUGAGAUAGCAUGCCCACUUUCCUGUGUUAAUGGACAAUUUCUAAGGGAAACAGAAAAACAUAGUUGAUCCAUGACACUGUUUGAUCCCUAAGUGUUGUCUCCGCAGCAGAACAAAAUGAGCUUUGCAGCGCAGCCCUACAGCCAGUAUGCCCAGUGGUACGGUAACGCCCAGCAGAUUGGCCAAUACGUGCCCAGCGGGUGGCAGGUGCCCACCUACGGAGUCUACGGACAGGCCUGGAACCAGCAGGGCUUCAAGUGAGCGCUCAUGAACUACUGAAGAGAACAGUGUUGGAAUGAAAUGCAGCCCUUAAAGAUCAGUCUUCUUCUUGUUAAUGUCUCUUUCUCUCCAUCCCUCUCCUUCCUUAUCUUUACACUCCUGCCCUCUAACCAUUUCGGAUUUACGUCUUCUUUCUCUCCCCAUUCUUCACCUGUCCUCUAACCUCUUGUCUGUGUGUGUGUGUGUGUAGUCAUUUACAGGCGGGUGCAGGGUGGACGGGUGUGGGAGCGGUGAGUAAUGGCGGUGUGGUGGAGCCUGGACAGGGAGUCAACGGGACGGUGCUGGCCAACCAGUCGGGCAUGGGCACCGCUGGCUACCACACCCACUGAUCAGCGCUGGCCCGGUAGCCCAGCGUCGGUCUCCUACCCUCCACCACCACAGGGGGUGGACAUGUGCCCCGUAUUUUACAACAUGAUUAAGAACUCUAUGGCGGGGAUGUGUGAUUCCACCUCU